GACUGUAGAGUACCCUGGAACCUCAACGGCUGGACUUUUUCUCAUUUGCGGAAGAAAAACACUCUUUGCAAAAGCUUUCUCGGGGAUUCCGUGGUUUUCUAGGCUUGGCUUUCGCAUCGACACCAUUUCGACGGCGCUGUAAAUAUUCACGGGGAAGUGAGGACUGUAGGGGUGGAUUGCCUCUGUAACGAAUGCAAAAAGGUCAUUUGAAAGAGCGAGCGAGAGAGAGCCUUAGAGUCACAGAAAUACCACUGAACAAGGAAUUCCCCCGCCUCCUCUGAUCCAGCCAAAAAAACAAAGCUCUAAUUUAAGAAGGAAAGGACAGCGCAAACAGGAAGAGGCUUGGACAGGAACAGAAGAAAAAGACAGAGAAGGGGCGGGAUGCAAGAGGGAAACAGAGUGGAAGAUAUUGAUAGGCUGGGACUCGCAGGAAAUCAGGAGGAUUAGAGACUCUCUUAGAGCAAGAAAAGAUGAAGCCCAUUAAAAAGCAAGAAAGGCGGUCGCCCCCAUCCACUCGCGCUAAAGGAGUUAAGAGGAGGACAGCGGAUAGUAGCCCACAGGAAGAGAAGAGAGAAACCGAGGAAAAAUCCCAAAUUUCACCUACAUAUCCCAAGAGACAUUUCUCCUCAAAUUCUGACUCAUCACAGGAAGGGCCACUGAGAAGAAGCGGGUCUCCGGAAAAGGAGGGCGUCCUCAGUAUAGCAGUGGAUUUCGGGAAAACGGAGGAAUGCCCCGGGAGCUCCAUGUCUGGUGGAAUACAGAGUGACAGCAACAGUAGCACAACCAGUGCCAGCAAUAGCCCCAACCCUUUGUCUAGUCGUAAAACUGCCACUUUUAAAGCCCGUGUGCCCAAGAAGAAGUACACUUCGGAGCACUAUGCCGGAAACCAUGGCAACUCCAGCACUCCCAGCACACCCCCACAGAGCAGCAGCGGCUCUCAUAACGGAAGUGGUGCUAGCCAGGGCCCAGCUGCCUCUGCUGCACACACGGACCUACAAGGUCAAAGCCAGCUGGCUGAGGACAGCAUUACUGGGUACAGACACAACAAUGUAACUGGGCCUACAGGUAGAACUGCAGGUGAGUGUGGAGGGAGGGAUGGGACGAGUGCAUCUAGCCCACAGCGUUGCUCCUCAACUGAUACAGCCAGCGAACACUCAGCCGACCUAGAAGUGACAGCUUCAAGACAUGAUUCUCACUCCAACUCCCAAAAGCCACAAGCACAUAACACUUCAGCAUCCUCACAGGAGAGCCUGUCAUCUGGUUUAGCUGGAGUCCUCGCCAAAGGUCUCAAAAAUCAGAGAGUUCUGGCCCGACAGGGUCCCAGAUUAGGGGAAGGCUGGCCUCACGAUCGGGGCCGGGAAAUGUCUGGAGUGUUUCGCACUGGAGUUGUGCGGAGAGUUAGCGAGGAGCAUGGGAUUGUGGAGGUGCAGCUGAAUGGAGAAAAGACCAUAUGCAAGUACCCAUUUAGAGUGGCUACUGAUUCUGUUGACCUUAUUCUAGAUGCGUCACCUCCUGGUGUGGCCCCGGUGGCUAUAGGCACACGAGUCUGCGUCCCCUUUGGAGGAGGUGACGAGGGCAGUGAGGGAGCGCAACAGUGGUACAGAGAAGGUAUAGUCACUCAAGUAGAUCCACACCCAGCUGUGUCUUUCCCAUAUCGUGUUCAACUACGGGAAGAUUUAUCUGAUGAGAGGAGAGGUGUAGAGGACGAUGGAAGGGCUCAGGCCAUUUGGGUCUCACAACAAAAUCUCCGCCUCCUGGUUCCUCCUUGGGACCUAGAGCCACCCCAGCCAGCAGAGUCUGGGAUUGAUGGUAGGAGGGUACGAGAACGAGAGUGGGAGGAAAGAGAGGACAUGGAAGUGGAGCAGGAGGUGGUUCAACUGACUAGACCAACAUUUGUUCAGAGCUUGUUGCAUCCUGUGACUGUACCUUUCACCUCACCCCAUUCUUCGUCUUCUGCCGUUAACCCUGCCAUCACAUCUGUACUCAGUGUAGCCCCAAACAGAGACUGGGAACACCACAGAGGGAAAGACCAGGAAAGAGAGUUGCAUAGGCACUUAGAGAGAGAAAGGGAACGAGAUAGGGAGAGGGAGAGGCAAAAGCAUCAUCUUCUUCAUUCAUCCACCCCAGAUGGGGUAGACUUGGAAGUCAGUUGUCUUAGCCAGCUAAGGGAUGGUGGCAUUACUGCCAUGGGAAGCAAAGCUCUGGGGGCUCCUUCUCAGCAUCGGCCCAUUCUUUCUAAACCAAACUACCUCAGCCCUCACCUUUCUGUGGUGAGAGGGCUCAGCACGGCGAUUGCACCCCAUCUGCCCCUUGCUCCUCACCCAAAUCACCCCCCUAUGCUCCUGGGCCUGGAUUCAGCCACAGGUGCGGCAGUCAUCUCCUCCACAUCCCAGCUUCCUCCCAUGCCCCGAAGCUCUUCUCAAGGCUCCCUGGACAAGACCCCUAGCUCCAACUCACAUGGUGCGUCAGGGGGUGGCAAUGGAUCCUCGUCCUCUUCGUCACGUUCCCGCACACCCCUCACAGCCGCUCAACAGAAGUACAAGAAGGGCGAUGUGGUGUGCACCCCUACAGGCAUCCGCAAAAAGUUCAAUGGCAAGCAGUGGCGCAGACUGUGCUCACGUGAAGGCUGCUCGAAGGAGUCGCAGAGGCGCGGCUACUGCUCGCGGCAUCUGUCCAUGCGCACCAAAGAGAUGGAAGCCGGAGGCGGGGUUGGCCGAGACAGGAGUGGUGCCAGUAGCACGGGCACUCUCACACCUGACCUUCGUUUAGGUGGACGCACCAGCAGCGAGUAUGACUGGGAUGACAACUCACGAGACAGCAGUGAAGCAAGCAGCCGUGGCGGGGACUCGCGACCACGUCUGGUGAUGACUUCUCUUAUACCACAUGAACUGCCACGUGACAUGUCCCGCUUUGACUUUGAUGAGUGCGAGGCUGCAAAUAUGCUGGUCUCACUUGGCAGCUCACGCUCAUGCACGCCCUCAUUCUCACCUGUAUCCAAUCAGUCACCAUUCUCACCUGCGCCGUCCCCCUCACCCACACUAUUUGGCUUCCGCCCAGCUAAUUUCAGCCCCAUCACAGCACCUCUGACCCCUCGCCGCCCUCGCCAUCUCAGUGGCACGAAAAUUCCUGGCACUCCCAGCACAGAACGUGAGCGCCACAUCUCUGGCAUCAUGCCAACUUUUCAGACCAACCUGACAUUCACUGUACCCAUGAGUCCCAGUAAACGUAAGCUGGAUGCCCCACUACCCCCGCUGCCCAGUGCAUCAGACUAUGUGAAAUCUGAUCCUCAGCUAAAUGACCCCAGCCUCAGCCUCAACGCAGUAGCAUUCAGGGUUCUGUCCCCCCAAAGCCAGCCUACCACCCCCUCAUCUCUCUCAUUCCCUCGACAGAGGAGCGUCACAAGUCGACCCUCAUCCUCUGCCGCUUCCACUCCACCCCCUAUGCUGGUUUCUCCCACACCACCCUCACCCCUGCCACAGGAUCCCAGCUCACGUCGUAUUGUUCCCCUACGCGAUUCACCUGUCAUUGUUCGUAACCCCGAUGUACCACUGGCAAAAUUCAGCGAUGGUCCCCUGAGCCGUAGAGGAAGCUCACGCUCUAGGGAGCACAGCCAGCCCCCUCACCAUGCCAUGGGCCUCCAGGCCCCUGUGCCCAUCAAUGGCGCCGCCACCAACGGAGCAGUUCUCCUUCGCAAUCCUGCUCCCACCUUAGUCCUGGUGACUUCCUCUCAGUCAUUGACACCUGUGGCUCCUGGACAUCCCGCCCAUUCAAACUCUGCCACUUUGAAUGUGUCCACUUCUAAUGCAACCAUUGGACCUGCCCUUGCACUAUGUGGCUCAAGAGGGAAAGAGCAAGAGAGGAAGUCAGGUAGGCCUGCAGAUGCGGGUGGUGCUCUCCCACAGCCUGUGGCUUGCCAUCCUUCACCCACUGCUCUGUUGCCCCUCAUCCUGCCAGCCGAGUCCCCUCACCCUGCUCCUCGCAAAGACAUCAUCAUGGGACGACCUGGCACUGUUUGGACCAACGUGGAGCCCCGCUCUGUGCCAGUGUUUGCGUGGCAUUCGUUGGUUCCUUUUCUGGAGACCAACCAAACAAAAAUGUGCAUGCAGCCUGCAGAUGGCCAGACACUUGUAAAUCAGGGCAAAGAACCUCGCUGUGGAGUUGCCCUUGUGACUGAGGGACCUACUGACCAUCCAGCACCACAGAGAGGUUCCCCGUCUUGCCCCCCUCCUACUGCUGAAGACCCACCUGUGGAGAGAGGAGGAGGUGACAGUGAGACCGAGAGUGAUGCUGAUGAUCUUUUUUUUCCAGCUCAAGAUACUGCUCCAUCCAUCAGCCCAGUGAAAAGGCGCACACAAUCUCUCAGUGCACUCCCAAAAGAAGGUGACAAGAAGAGGGAAAAGGACCACAUCAGGCGGCCAAUGAACGCAUUUAUGAUCUUUAGUAAGCGGCACCGUGCCCUGGUUCACCAGCGGCACCCCAACCAGGACAACCGUACUGUCAGUAAAAUACUGGGUGAGUGGUGGUACGCGCUGGGACCCAAAGAGAAGCAGAAGUAUCAUGAUCUUGCCUUCCAGGUGAAGGAGGCUCAUUUCCGGGCUCACCCUGAUUGGAAAUGGUGUAACAAGGACAGAAGGAAGUCCCUGUCUGAGGGCCGGGGAACUCCAGGGGCCAAAGAAGCUCACGAGCAUAGCGUGUCUGAAAGCACAGAGGCCCAUUCCACAUCUCAGGGGGCCGUCCACAAAGGAGCAGGGCCCAGCUGGACUUCACCUCGGUCUGACGGUCACGGAGGAUCAAUGGGAGGGCAGCUUCAACGGCCUCGCGCCUUUUCCCAGAGUGCUGUGCAUCUGGAGAGCAGGGAGAAGGAGAGAGCACUGGAAAGUGCGGGACUGUUUCAUCCCCGUCGCCCUGCUCACCCUCGACGACCGAGUGAGGAUGUGACCAGUGAUGAAGAGCCUAUGGUGAUCUGUGAAGAGGGGGAUGAUGAUGUCUUAGAGGACUCGUUAGCAGACGGCUCCAUUGACUUGAAGUGUAAAGAGAGAGUGACAGACAGCGAUGAUGAAAACGAGCAUGCAGAUGAAGCUGACAGCAAGCGCACCUUCCAACCAGUCCAUUCCUCUUUGGGGUUGUCUCCAACUGUCAACAAAGAUGACAAAGAACGGCAUGAAAAGAACCUGGAGAAGAAGGAGAAGAGACGGAUGGGUGGCGCAGAGCUGGAUAGUGGGGGGCCCAAAGAAGGGAAAGGAGGAGGUAGAGGAGGGCAGGUUCCGUUCCAUGUUAAUUCGGCCUCCAUUACUGGUAUAAAUGCCACUUUGCCGCAUGAAGCCAGGAAGUACCCUUCGCAAGGCACUGUCAGGAUGGCCCCCACCGUAGUGACCAAUGUUGUUCGUCCCAUCACCAGCACCCCUAUCUCCAUCGCCAGCAAGCCAGUUGAUGGGGGUGUGGCUGUUGGGACCGUACCUCCAGACGGGAAGCCCAAGCUACUGAUCGGUGCCGGCGGAGCAGGAGGAGGUGGGUACUUUCCCUCCUCUUCCCCCAAACCUAAUGGGCAAGGAAGCUUAGUUACUGGCCUAGUCCUGGGAGGAGCCUUCCCAAACCAACCCACCGUUCAGCUCAUCACCCCAACCCAACCUACUCCAUGCAACGGAGCCCCUAAUAGCAGUGCAGUACCCCUUCCCCUGCUUCAUCACCAGUUCCUCCCAGCCGCCUCCAUUACGCCCCCUAGUGGUGGGAAACCUGUAACACAGGUUCAGUACAUCCUUCCAACUCUUCAUGCAACUGCCAAUCCCAACAGUCCCUCCUCCCAGCAGACCCAGCAGGCCUCCAACAUCCUUACCUUGCCCAGUGCCGCACCCACCCAAUUGACCCUGGCCAAUGGUGUACAUUUAGGGUCGGGGCAAGGAAUAAGAUAUGCUUCCGUUCCAGCAGUGGGAGGAGUCAGCCCGGGAGGUGGAGUUCAAGCACAGUCCCCAGUCUUCCAGAGCAAGAUGUUGGUUCCCAUGGCAACCGUCGGAACAGGAUCUACACCUCCGCAGCCAAUUUCCCUGGUGGGUCCACCCCUUCCUGUUCAAAAUGGCACUCAACCAGGAAGUAAGGUCAUUCAGAUUGCACCAAUGCCUGUGGUCCAAACAAAUGUUCAUCCUGGAGGAUCAGUGCAUACCGGCAGUUCAUUUCCUGUCUCUAUGCCAACCGCGACUGUCAUGGCCCCUGGGCCCACACCUCCACAGACGGUGCUCUUGACACCACCACCUACAAGGAUCACAUAUGUCCAGUCAACUCCUGGAGUUGCGGCUCCUUUGCCAUUGGGUUCAACACCUGCAGUCUCUUCCACCCAGCAGGCCUUGUCACCUUCGGGUCCAUCUUUUUUGCAAUCACAGGUGGCUACCCUUGGCUUUACUGCAAUUGCCCCAGCCGGUCAGGCCUUGGUUCAACCUAUUGUUGCAAGUCAGCCACCCCUCCUGGCUCCAUGUCCGCCCCCGAGCGGAUUGUCACAACCAGCACAAACCUCGACGGCCACCCGUCAACUAGUGACUGCCAUUUACCCCAGUGUCAGCUUAGCUGGAGGAGUUGUGUCAGUGACAGCUGUGCCACAAAGCACAGCAACAUCCACAUCAGUUCCAGCAUCAUCCUUAGCACCUCAAGCUAAGACCUUCUCAGCCACGGCUGCGCAACCACACACGCAGACAGAUGCGCAGCUGCAGUCUCAGGUAAAGAUGCACAUGGAAAACGAGAGAGGACUAGAAUCUAGGAAGGAGAUGGAGACACAGAGAGACCUGGUGGUGUCAAAGGAUGGACAUCAGACGCCACCUAGUGGUUUGGAGGAAUCGGUGCAACACACACAUAAAGGUCAGCAUUGUGAAGGGAAGGAGGAUGGAAAGAAAGGGAGCAAAAUGGAACGAGAGUCUGAGAGAGACGUAGGAGGGGGCCCGUCUCAAACAGAGAGAGUUGAGAGAGCAAGAGCUAUGGAAGGGGAGACAGAGACUCAAGCUGAGACCAUCAGCAAAGACGAACAGUGUCGAGAGGCAAGACGCAGGGAAGCUUCUGUUUUGGACCCCCCACCACCCCCUUUGCAGACUGACCCUCCUUCUGCUAAAAAGACCAAGUUCCGCCCACCUCCACUGAAAAAUACUACUGAUGCUGGCGACAAGGCGCUGUUUGGCUCCUCUUUUGAAGAGCGUCUUAAAGAGCUGCCGGAGUUCAAGCCUGAAGAUGUGCAGCCCUCUCCCAAUCUACAGAGUCUAGCAACUUCCCCUAGAGCCAUACUGGGCAGCUACCGCAAGAAGAGGAGGAACUCUACAGAUCUAGACUCUGCAGACGACCCCAGUUCACCACGGAGGAAGAGUCGUCGCCUGUCCAGCUGCAGCUCAGAACCCAACACGCCCAAGAGUGCUGCCAAGUGUGAAGGGGACAUCUUUACCUUCGACAGGGCUGUUGGAGAGACUGAGCAUAUUUUGGAGGAGUUGGACCGUGUGCCGCCUUCCUCUCUGCGUAGGAUGUUGGACCAGCGGCGUGCGCUCGUCAUGCAGCUCUUCCAGGAGCACGGCUUCUUCCCCUCAGCGCAAGCCACAGCUGCCUUCCAAGCUCGCCACUCGGAAACAUUUCCCAACAAGGUGUGCCUGCAGCUGAAGAUCCGCGAGGUAAGGCAGAAGAUCAUGCAGACCGCCGGCAGUUCUGAAAUCAUGGGAGGUGUGUCUAGUGGAAGCUCUGACUCCGCCUCUACUCCCGGACCAUCCAAUCCAGUGGCCAGGGAGAAUUCCGAAGCAGAUGAGAGGGGCAGGGCCACGGAAGAGCCAAAGAAAGACACGGGCGAUCCGCAGGAGUCGAGAUGAAGAACGACGAGCAGAACGGAAGGAUGAAAGACGAAUGUAGGGAUAAAUUAUAGAAAUGUGUAAACCCAUUUCCGCUGGCGAUAUACAGUUCAGCAUUUAUGUGGAUUUUGCUUGGUUUCUAAUCGAACCGAUUUCGUUGCCAUUGCGUUCACUUCGUUGAUGUUCUGUUGUUAUGCACAGUUACACACACACACAUACAUGCACAUACACUAUAUGCAAUUACAUAAUAAUAUCACUUUCACACAUUAACGACUUGCACAAGGAACUAUUACAUGCAGCGCAUGAGGUCGCACUCAUUUGCCUAUGCCACUCGUGUUAGGCCGUCAUUGGUCCACCUCUGCAUUAGGGCGUGGCUUCACUUUCUGUCGGAAUUUUCGAGCCCUUCUAUGCUGCACCACAGGCAGCACCAAACCAGCCUGUCUGCACACACUCAGUAAAGCCCCCUGCGUGGGGCCAGCACAGAUUUUUAUCAAAAGGACUGAAUGUUUUUGAAGAGAAAUUAGACUGUUUUGAGGUACCGUUAACUUUCGAUCCAAAACGGGGACGGGAUGGGUGGGGGUACAAAUGCGCUUGCACUUUCAUUUGUAGAGGCCGAGAGGAAAGCAAUAGCCAGGGGAGGAGAAGGGUCUUCGUGCGAAUGUUACGCCCCUGUGAUGGGGUACAUGCAUCGGCUGUUACUGUUCUUCAACACGGGCUGUAAAUUCACAGGUUUUUUUUUUAAUCCCAGAAGCAACAAACUUAAGACUUGUAAUCACGUAGACCAGCGGAGCAGAAAACAGAGGCUACGGCGACCGCCACAAUCGCAUAAACAACAACAACAACAACAACACAGCACACUCAAAAGCGAGAGAGGAAAGCAUUGUCCUAACCUCGAAAAGAAGACUCAAACGAAUAGCGACACUACCCCUCUUCGAAUCAACGUGUAGUUAUGCUUUGUCGUUUUGUUGUUGUGUCGUAACGGUGGAACUGACUGAUAUCUUUUUUUGUAUUAGCUUGCGCCUCUCUUCUUCUUCUUCUUCCUCUAGUAAUAUUUUCAGCAUGGACUAAUCUAAGUGUUGGAGCGAUUACGUCGAAAAGAAAAAAGACUCUGUUUUAGCCUCUUAGCUGAAGCUCCUCUUCUCUGGCCGCCGACUUAGGCUUUUGCCCGUACACUGUAUAUAUAUAUAAUUGUGAUGGCUGGGGAGGGGGGCAGAGGGUGGGCACGAGGCUCUCUCUGUGUUCUUUUCCUUGUUUCUUUCUUGCUUUUUUAUAUUUCAAUCAGGUGUUUGCACAAUAUAUGGUCCAAGACCAUGAUUUAAAUCAGGAAAGUAUUUGUUUUUAGAUAUUUAAAAACUAACCAACAACUUUGUUCCAUUGCGUUCGAUUCCCCCUUUCCACAUCCCGUAAGGAAAGCCCUUAUUUUUUUCAUCUCCUUAAUAGACUUUUAACCCAAGUGUUGAUGGAAAGCGCCACUUUAAGCGCUGGUCUGGAGUCAGAGUAAGCUUUGUAGUCUGCGACGACGAUUUCGUUUCAGGAUUACGCAAGGGAAAGCUGACCCGAGACCAGCGCUGGGGCGGCAUUUCUCAGGAUCUCCUCUUUCUUACUCUGCCUCUUCUUUCAUUGGUGCAAUAGAACGUGGGUGGGAUUUUUUUUUUGAAGUAGACGAGUGACCUUUUAGUGCCAUAGAUUUUCACUGUACAAGCUGUAAUAAAAAUAUAUAUAUUGAAAGGAGAGUGGGGGAAAAGAAAUCAAUGAGUAUCGAGAGAGAAAUCCAAACUGAACAAACUAAAAAAAAAAAUGUAACCUAGCACUUUCUUGCGUCUGGUUUUGCUGAAAGAGAAGGAGUGUCGAGUAUAAAAAUGCUACUCAGUCUUCACUUGAAUGUGUGACAAUAUAAAUGUAUAAAUAUACCUAUAUAUUUCUAUAUGUUCAUGAUAUACAGAUGUCUGUGUGUGUGCGCGAGCGUAUGUGCUUAUACAUUUCACAUGCUCCCUGACAAAUCAAACUUGCUCCCAAGUAAAGGCUAUUCAUAUUUUCCCUCCCGAAAAUGCAGUGGCACUACAUUAAAAGACUGUUAGCAUAUGCCUGAAAACCGGUGGCUACUGACGUGCGUGAGGAGAGAUCGGCAUAUGUAACCAUUCAACUCAAUUGAUUUAUCUGGCCUUUCUUUGCCUUCCCCCGGCAACAGACAAAUGCUUGCACACACACACACAUACCUGCACAUGUAUGCGUGUACAACUUAUGAUUGUGUAUCCAAUAAACUGUCUUUACUUUGGAGAAGGGAGUUUUAGAAUGAGGAAGGUGAGUGCAAACUCAUCAACAGGCAUGUUGACCAUGUGCAAUAUUUCUAAACAAGAGAUUAUUGAAAAAAUUAAAGACCUAACACAA